GGUAAUUGAGCCGACUGGGGUGAAACGGAUGUGGAAGCUAAGCGACGCCCGCGACGGUCAAGUUACCUUCCCUGGGCGGCCUGGCGAUGGUGAGCGGAGGCAUGUGGCUCCAUUGGUGCCUGGCCGCCAGGAGCGCUUCCCGGUUGGCGCGCCACAGGAAGAAUAUCUUUGGCCCUAAAUCAUGGAACCCCAUUUCUCUAGGCAGCAUUGUCUUCCUGCAGUCCCAGAGGACCUAUCGAGCAGUACUGUGCACUGAACUGAAAAAGCCAUUGGUUGUCAGGGAUGUCCCAUCUGCUUUGCUUCAGUCGCAUGAGGUCAGAAUUCAUGUCCGUUGCUGUGGAGUCAAUUUUGCUGACAUACUGGCCUGCCAGGGUCUUUACCAACAUCAGUAUCCUCUCCCAUUCAUCCCAGGAAUGGAAUUCUCGGGAGAUGUGGUGGAGACUGGGAAAGCUGUCACCAACAUCAAAGAGGGGGACUGUGUCAUUGGUGUGGCCAAUGGAAAAGCCCUGGCAGAAGAAUACAUUGCAGAUUCAAAGUUACUUUGGAAAAUCCCCCAAGGAGUAUCUUAUGAACAAGCUGCAGCACUGCCUGCUUCAUAUGGGACAGCUAUCUUGGCCUUGAAAUAUAGAGCACAAACACAACUAGGAGAAACUGUUUUGGUAACUGCGGCCGCUGGUGCUACAGGGCUUGCAGUUGUGGAUGUUGCAGCUAAUGUCCUUAAAGCAAAGGUGAUAGCAGCAGCAGGAAGUGAUAGUAAAUGCCACCUGGCUAUCCAGAAAGGAGCUCUUGAGAGUGUGAAUUACAACGAGGCUAGUCUGAAAGAAGAGGUGAAGAAGCUAACAGCAAACAAGGGAGUCGAUGUGGUUAUUGACACCGUUGGUGGAGACAUCUUCAAGCAGGCAUUGCAUAGUCUGGCUUUUAAAGGCAGAAUUGUGGUGGUUGGUUUUGCUGGAGGAACUAUACCUUCCAUUCCAGCCAACAUACUGCUUCUGAAAAACAUCUCUGCUCUGGGACUAUUCUGGGGCCAGUACCGGGAUGAAGAGUUCUCAGUCUUCUCCUCCACCAUUUCUUCAGCUCUUUCAUAUUAUCAAGAGGGUCAAAUCCAGCCUCACAUAGGAGGAAUGUUCAAACUAGAGGAGGUAAGGAAAAGAAGCUUGACUUCAACAGUUUUGAAGCUUUUGCAGAAUUUCUUGGAUUGUCCAGUGGACAAUCUUUAUAACAAUGAAAGAAAGGUGCUAAUGAAAUUGGGUGAAUAGAUGUCUGUAUGUCCUGCUGCUAUUUUGCAGGAUAAUAUUGUUAAUCCUUUAUCUUUGGAGAAAAGUAUGGGUCAGAUUUAUCACAGCUGCUUUCUGCAUAGGACUGGUGUAUAAAUUGGCUUUCUGAAUAAAAACUCAUCCAUAAAUGUAAAUGUUGCAGGUUACUGAAAUCCAGUAAUUUUGUCAGUAUAGUGGCAUAGGCAUAGGCAACCAUUACCACGAUGUCCGUUGAAGAUAAAGCUGUGGUAUGGAGUAAAAAAGUUUUUCCCAAAGGAGAUAUAGAGCAGAUGGUAUUAGCCUCUAGCAAAAACAUGAAAUGCGAGUAUUUCUAAUAUUUCAUUUCCAUUUUUGAUUCAGGCAGGGAUCUGAAUGACUACAAAUCCUUGCUCAUCCAUGAAAUUUAGGGGGUUAAACUCUUAUCUCUCAAUUCUCAACUCUCCUUCAUAUGAAUAUUAAGAUGAAGUUGGUGCCUAGGAUUAUGUUAUGCCAUACUUUUGAGGAAAACUUGAAAUAAUAUUGAAAUGAGGUUUUUCUUUAAGAGGAAUGCCUCCAAAGCUUUGCCAUGCUAGCUUGUAGUUGAAAAUAACGAUGGAAUCUUUCAGUUCAUCCAAUCUAUUUAUCACUAAUUGUUUCUAAUUAAGAGUCCAAUUGCUUUUCAUAUCUCAUUGAAUACAUGCAAAUGUAACUCCCACAAUUAACUUGGGAAAAGCUUUAAUGUUGGUCAUUGUCUUUAAUUAUGGAAACCAUUUUCUUUAAAUAGUAUCUUUAAUUGGAUUUUAUCUAGAUUCUUACAUGCAGUUCCAGGGGGAACGGGGGUGGUGGUGGUGGGAUUAUUUCUGACCUUGCAUAAUUGUGACUUCCUAUAAAAUUUUCCAAUCCACCAAACCAAGUUUCUGCUUUUACCUAGUUUUAUGCCGCUGGGGAUAAAAGCAAAACAAUCUAUGUUUGCAACUUUCAAGGAAUAUACUUGGUGCUAUAAAAUGUACUUAUAGGAUUAACAUUUCACAGUCCAGCAUCCUGUGAGCCUGAUUGUGUGUUUAUUGCAUAGUGACUAUACGAGUGACACGAAAUAGAUUUACACCUCCAACUUUGUAACACGUUCAGUGACCCUUUCUUUGAAU